AGCUUAAUGAUAAAGACGCAGUUUGAAGCGGCUCACGUGCUGGACGCGCAGAUCAAUGUCACAGACGCAUCUGUGAGGGUGAUGGACUUCACAGCAGAUGAGGAGCUGGAGGAGUUGUGUCCGGUGUGUGGAGAUAAGGUGUCCGGAUAUCAUUACGGCCUUCUUACCUGCGAAAGCUGUAAGGGUUUUUUCAAGAGGACGGUUCAAAAUAACAAGAGAUACACAUGCACACAGAACCAGGACUGUGGCAUUGACAAAACCCAGAGGAAGAGAUGCCCCUUCUGUCGCUUCCAGAAGUGCCUCAGCGUCGGCAUGAGACUCGAGGCUGUCCGUGCAGAUCGAAUGAGAGGGGGAAGAAACAAGUUUGGCCCCAUGUACAAGCGGGACCGUGCCCUGAAACAGCAGAAGAGAGCUUUAAUCAGAGCUAGCGGCUUUAAAAUAGAGGUCAAGCCAUCCCUCUUGUCCAGCACCCAGACUGAGUACCCACUUCCUGGAUCACUCUCAGGUCUCCACCCUCCUUCUCUGUGCUCUCCGGAGUACGACUGCCCCCCUCUCUGCCCCCCGGCCCUGGGAGUUGCGCUGCAGAGCUAUGGUUCAUUCCCGGCUCAGUACCAAUACACUGCUCCCUCAUUACAGAGCAGAUCCAUUAAAGCUGAAUACCCAGACACAUACUCCAGUUCACCAGACUCCUCAUUAGGGUACCCGUACCCUGACGGGUGCAUGCCUGCGUCCCCACACACCAGCCCCAUGAACCCUGGCUUGCCCCCGCUGGUGCUCGAGCUGGUCAGCUGUGAUCCAGAUGAGGAGCAGGUGAGAGGGAAGAUCUGUGCGUAUCUUCAUCAGGAGCAGAGCGGGAAGGGGAAACUGGAUAAACUGCGGCCGUUCAGCAUGUUGUGUGUCAUGGCGGAUCAGACAUUAUUCUCAAUAGUCGAGUGGGCAAGAAGCUGUGUCUUCUUCAAGGAACUAAAGGUAGGAGAUCAGAUGCGACUGCUGCAUAACUGCUGGAGUGAGCUGCUGCUUCUCGAUCAUAUCUGCAGACAGGUGCAUCAUGGGAGAGACAACAGUCUGCUACUCAUUACAGGACAGGAGGUGGAUCUGUCGACGGUGUCUGACGCGGGACCUCCUCUGGUCAGUAUGGUGCAGAGAGGACAGGAGCUGGCCAGGAGACUGCAGCUGCUGCAGGUGGACAGAAAAGAGAUGGCUUGUCUGAAGUUCCUCAUCCUCUUCAACCCCAAUGUGAAGCUCCUGGAGAACCAGCAGUUAGUGGAGAGCGUUCAGGAGCAGGUGAACAGCGCUCUGCUCGAGUACACGCUCUACUCUUACCCUCAGUGUCUGGAUCGCUUCAGUCAGCUCAUUCUGCGGCUGCCUGAGGUCCGGUCGCUCAGCACACAGGCCGAGGACUUCCUGUGCUACAAGCACCUGUGCGGAGAAGUGCCGUGCAACAACCUGCUUAUAGAAAUGCUUCACGCCAAGAGGUCCACCGGCGUGUGAAAGUGACACUGCUUGGAGAGUUUCUGCCACUUGUGCAAAAUGGAUGGAGAACAGUUUUCAGGCAAUUCUUUCUUACCUUACGUGAUGAAUGUACAGAAUUUUCUCAUUUGUGUUCUUUUUAAACCAUUUAAGCAUGACAAUCAUUGGUGGACGUGGAGGCGUUUUUUAUUUUAUUUGUCCUGGUGUUCUCUAGACUAUAAAGGUAAUUGCAAAGCGUGAUCUCUGUAGUCUAAGAGCGAUGUUUCAUUUGAACGCUUAUUUAUGUGACUAUGUUAUUUUAUCUUAAUGCUCCUCUGCUUUUGAAUGGAUGAUGACUAUUGUAAUUUCUUUGUUUUCAAAUACAUUUAUUUAGGAGGUAUUUAAAAAAAAACAUUCCAAAGGGGCCUUUCCGACAAUGAAUCAAAAAAGGUAUUUAUUGAAAUGAUAUAAUUAACUAUUUAAAGCACUUUUAUUCUAUACAUAGAUUACACAUUUAUUUGUCUUUCCAUUUAAGUGAAAAAAACUGGUUGCAAUAAAAUAAAACAACACGUGGCAGUUG